AUGAAAUCAUUGCUUCUAUUCCUGCUCUUUAACGUAAGCUUAAAUUUAGAAGGGGCAGAAAGCAAUCAACAACCAAAUAUUUUGUUUAUAUUUGCCGACGAUUAUGGCUUCAACGACGUUGGCUACCAUGGUUCUGAGAUAAAAACGCCUGUCUUGGACAAACUAGCAAAUGAAGGUGUUAUUCUAGAGAAAUAUUAUGUUCAACCUAUAUGUACUCCGACAAGAUCAACAAUGCUUACUGGUAGAUAUCAAAUUCAUACCAGUUUACAACAUGGCAACAUACAGCCGGCGCAACCACUCUGCGUGCCACUAGACGAAACCAUAAUCGCAGAGAAAUUAAGCCAAAGUGGGUACAAAACGCACAUAGUUGGAAAAUGGCACAUUGGAUAUUAUAGAAAGGAAUGUACGCCAACUUACAGAGGAUUUCACUCAUUUUUUGGGUAUCUCAACGGAGGUGAAAAUUAUUAUACGCAUGUGAAAAGAAAUGGUUUCUCGGAGGUCAAUCCAUAUCGGUUAUGGCGUGGUUAUGAUUUACGCAGAAAUGAAUUUGUGAGCACAAAAGAAAAAGGAGAGUAUUCAACAUUCAUGUUUGCAAAAGAAGCUCAGAAGAUUAUUAUGGAUCAUGAUGCAAGUUCUCCAUUGUUUUUAUAUUUAGCUUUUCAAGCGGUACAUUCUCCCUUGCUAGUGCCCGAACAAUAA